AUGACGACUGGUUUCCCUCUUCUCCGUCUUCCGUACCUUGUACUUAUGCCUAUUUUGGAACAAAUGCACUUUGUGGAAAGAAUCACACUCUCGGUUCUCUCCAAACGAGCCAGAAUGUUCUUGAAACUUCUCAAAAUGAAGUGUGAGUACACGAAUUUUCAACUCAAGUAUGGCACUAUCGAGGCUGAAGUAUUUCUUGAUAACUUUGAAGUAUUCAAACUAGAAUUGUAUAUAAGUGGACAUUUAGAAUUCAAAUAUAGACAGGAUGUACUUUUAUGGAGCACAAUGGGAGUACCUCCAAUGGACUAUGCCGUUUCAAUUAUGGACGUCAUGCAUUGCAAGUCAAUUCAUCAGUUUACAAUCGCUAAAAUAUCAAUGGAAUGCAAUACUCUUCCUCUUCUUGUGAACCUCCCGAAAAUUGAUAAAGUUGUUGUUCACAGCGAUUUGUACGACGUUUCUCCCGUGAAGUCUCGGCUUUGCAAAGUUUUGAGAAUUGUUUUGCCAAUAUCUUCUGCAGUUAGUUUUUCUUAUGACGUGCUAAAUCCCAAAGAUCUUCGAGAAAUCUUCAAAGCGAAUUUCGACGCCGUGACUGUAAUAUUAAAAGAUUGUGAUGAUGACAUGCCAAAUCAUAAAAUGUUUUCUCUGAACGAUUUGAGGAGGACAAACAUUAAGACACUUGAGGUUGUUGGUGCAGCCGUCGAAGUAGAAGACGUAAACCGCUAUUUCAAGUGGUGGAUGAAAAAGAAAUGUAAUAUCCAUCUGGAAUAUUUGCAAGUGGCGUCAAGAAGACGGCUAGGUAGCGAAGUAAUCAAUCUCCUUCUGAAAGGGCUCAACGCUGUUCAAGUUCCCAUUAAAACAGAAAGAACAUUCCGGGUACUGGAGAAUAUGAAACAGUUCAUUCCGGAGGACUCGAAUGAAGAGAUUACUAGUGAAUUUGAUAUAACAAGAGUCGACGGGAGAACAGCAACAAUCAGAAUUUCAAACUAUAGAAACGUUAUUUUCUACGUUUGGCCAGAAUCUACUAAUAAUACAACGAAUCUUGAGCCAAAUUAG